UUCUCUCAGAGAAGCGGUGUGGUUUCUGAGGAGCGCACAAGCUUUGCUCAUACGCACUUUAAAACAGGAUGUAGCGACUGAGGCAAAUCACGGAAAGACGAAAAAAGCGGGUUAAACACUGCGAUGUGAGCAAAACCAGCAGAGUGAUCAAAAAAAUGACCGCCACAGCGGAGGAGAAGACAGGAGGAGUCCCGAUGAGGCAGCUCACCGCCGGCAGGUCUUGACGGCUGCUCCCGCUGACCUGAGACGCCCAGCACCGCACGGUUUUACACUCGCCGAAAACCCCAAUAAGCCGAAAUACUGCACAUCCCAUCAGCGAAGCUUGAAAGCGACAAUGGCGAGCCAGGGCGACUGUGUGAAGGUUGCAUUGAGGAUUCGUCCUCAGAUGGCCAAGGAGAAGAUAGAGGGCUGCCACGUGUGCACGCUGGUCACACCUGGAGAACCGCAGGUGCUCCUGGGUAAAGACAAGGCCUUCACCUACGACUUUGUGUUUGACAUCGACUCAGAGCAGCAGCGGAUCUACCACGCCUGUGUGAACCAGCUCAUCGAGGGCUGCUUCGAGGGCUACAACGCCACCGUGUUUGCUUAUGGUCAGACGGGUUCGGGGAAGACCUACACCAUGGGGACGGGCUUUGAUGUGAGCCUCGGCCCGCAGGAGCUGGGCAUCAUCCCGCGGGCUGUUCACCAGCUGUUUGAGGGGAUCCAGAACAGGAGGCUGCGCGCCCAGGAGACCGGCAGCCAGCCGCCCGAGUUUAAAGUCAGCGCCCAGUUCCUAGAGUUGUACAAUGAAGAGGUCCUGGAUUUGUUCGAUGGAUCCAGAGAGCCAGAGAGUCGCAGCAGGAAGUCCAACAUUAAGAUCCAUGAAGACGCCAGUGGCAGCAUCUACACCACCGGAGUCACUUCCAGACUGGUGCACUCAGAGGACGAGCUGCUGCAGUGCCUGAAGCUCGGCGCUCUGUCCCGCACCACAGCCAGCACCCAGAUGAACGCCACAAGCUCCCGCUCGCACGCCAUCUUCACCAUCCACCUCUGUCAGAUGAGAGUCUUCCAGCAGGGUCAAAUGAACGGAGCAGGAGCAGGAGCAGGAGCAGGAGCAGGAGCAGCAGGAGCAGGAGCAGGAGGAGGAGGAGGAGGAGGAGGAGGGGGAGAGAACGGAGAGUUGAACGGCGUGGACUCCAGCGCCAUCGCUCAGCCAGAAUUUGAGACGCUGAUGGCAAAGUUCCACUUUGUGGACCUGGCUGGCUCUGAGAGGCUGAAACGCACAGGAGCUACAGGAGAACGAGCCCGCGAGGGAAUCUCUAUUAACUGUGGACUGCUGGCGCUGGGAAAUGUGAUAAGUGCUUUAGGAGACCAGGCUAAGAAGGGAGGACACGUCCCUUACAGAGACUCCAAACUCACCCGUCUGCUACAGGACUCACUGGGAGGCAACAGCCGCACAGUGAUGAUCGCCUGUGUCAGUCCGUCAGACCGGGACUUCAUGGAGACGCUGAACACGCUGAAGUACGCCAACCGUGCCCGAAACAUCAAGAACAAGGUGGUGGUGAACCAAGACAAGACCAGCCAGCAGAUCAGCGCCCUGCGUGCAGAGAUAGCUCGACUUCAGUUGGAGCUGAUGGAGUACAAGGCGGGGAAGCGUGUGGCAGGUGAGGAUGGUUCAGAGGGCUACAGCGACCUGUAUCAGGAGAAUGCAAUGCUGCAGAGAGAGAACGACACGCUGCGCCUCAGGGUGAAGGCCAUGCAGGAGACCAUCGACCACCUCAACACCCGUGUAACACAUCUGCUGGCCAAUGAGGUCAGCGCCCUGCUGACCAAGUCAAGUGAGGGCAACGAGGAGAUCGGAGCUUUAGUCCAGAACUACAUCCGAGAGGUUGAAGAACUUAGAACCAAGCUUCUUGAGAGCGAAGCCAUGAACGAGUCGCUGCGGCGGCAGGCGGCUCGACUUUCUUCGCGUACUCCGUUCCCUUCCUCCUCUCUCAGCCCCGCCCCCGGACACCCACCUGGCUCCUCCCCCGCUCCCCUAUCCAUGGAGGCGGAGAUGACGGACGUGUUACGCCGGGCCAAGAUGGACAUCGAGAGGCUGAAGAAGAAGGAGAGGAGGCAGAGGAGGAUGAGUCCUGAGCUGGAGAAAGGUCUGAAGAAACGAGUGAAACUGCACACUCAUGAGAAUGGAGAGAACGGGCAGAGUGGGGAAAACGGACAAAACGGACAGAACGGGGAGAUUGAUUCUGACGAAAAUUACACUGAGGACGUCAUGUCUCCGCUGCAGGAGGAGAGCGGCUGCGAUGAAGAUGAGGGGGAGGAUGAAGAGGAAGGCAGGGAGGAGGAGGACGGCUUUGACAGUGACGAGAGCCUGGUGGAUUCAGACUCUGACUCUGAUGAGAAAGACAACCUGCAGGCGGACCUGGCUGAUCUGACCUGCGAGAUCGAGAUCAAACAGAAGCUAAUAGACGAGCUGGAGAACAGCCAGCGGAGGCUGCUGAUGCUGAAGCUGCAGUACGAGGAGAAGCUCAUUCUGCUGCAGAACAAGAUCCGAGACACUCAGCUGGAGAGAGACCGCGUGCUGCAGAAUCUCAUGUCCAUGGAAAACUACACAGAGGAGAAGGCCAACCGGAUCAAGCAGGACUACGAGAAACGUCUUAAGGAGAUGAACCGAGACCUGCUGAAGCUCCAAGCAGCACAGAAAGAGCACGCACGCCUGCUCAAAAACCAGGGGAGGUACGAACGGGAGCUGAAGAAACUCCAGACAGAGGUCAACGAGAUGAAGAAAGCCAAGGUGACGCUGAUGAAGCAGAUGAAGGAGGAGCAGCAGAGGAGGAGGAUGGUGGAGGCAAAGAGGAACCGUGAGAUCGCCCAACUCAAGAAGGAGCAGCGCCGACAAGAGUACCAGAUCCGAGCGCUGGAGUCUCAGAAGCGGCAGCAGGAGCAGGUGCUGCGCAGGAAGACCCAGGAGGUGACGGCCCUGCGGCGCCUGGCCAAGCCCAUGUCAGACCGUGUAGCUGGGCGAGUGGCCCGCUGGAACCAGACCCCCCCAGUUUCCGACUCCGGAGCCGAGUUUUCAGCCAGCACCACAGCAAGCAGCUCUGAACCUGAGACUGGCAGGACUGUGAGCGGGCUGGUGAGGCAGUGGAACAACAAAAACAAUGCUAUUGGAUAUCUGGCAGAGAGUGAAGGGAGCAUGGAUGGAACCAGAGUCAUCGGCAGUCGGAAGAAGUUGCAGCGCAAGCCAGCAGGCAUUGGCAGCGUCGGAGCAGCGAGCAGAGCCAGCAGCUUCUCUAAGUCCGCCCGUCAGAAGUGGCAAGCCCUCGAGCGCCGCAUUAUGGACAUUGUCAUGCAAAGAAUGACGAUCUCAAACGUUGAAGCUGACAUGGAUCGCCUCAUCAAGAAGCGAGAGGAGCUGACAGUCCAGCAGGAAUCGCUCUCACAUAAGAGGGAGGUACUGAUGGCGGACGGGGAGGGACCAGAAGCAGAGGACCGCCUCCUUCAGGAAAUAAACGAGGACAUUGAGGUGCUGAACGCCAACAUCGACUACAUCAACGACAGCCUGUCUGACUGCCAGGCCACCAUUGUACAGAUAGAAGAGACCAAGGAUGAGCUCGAUUCUGUGGACACUUCCGUGGUGAUCAGCUCCUGCUCUCUGGCUGAAGCGCGCCACCUGCUGGACCACUUCCUGAAGGCUUCCAUAGAGAAAAGUUUGCAUGUGGCUCAGAGGGAGGCUCAGGUCCGACUGCUGGAGGGUCAGCUGAGACAGACAGAUGUGAUCGGCUCGUCUCACAAUCACAUAAUCCUCGAUGCCCUGAGAGAAAAGGCAGAAUACAUCCCUGAACUCCAGGCUCUCAUCCACAAUGUACAGCAGGAAAAUGGUUACGCCAGCACAGACGAGGAGCCCUCUGAGUUCAGCCAAGCCUCUGACAACAGUGUAUCUCAAAUGAAAGAAUCCAACAGCCAGGACGAUUUCAAAAUAAAGAUGGAGCCUCGUCUGUCAGUUCAGAUGAAGGCGGUUUCUGCGGAGUAUCUGGGUCCCUUGCUGGACCCCUCGUCCAGCAGCAAGCAGCAGCACAUCACCAAGUCUCUGGCCUCGCUGACAGACAUCCAGGAGGACGGUCUGAGCCUGGGGUCAGCGAGUCUGGGGCUCAGCCUGGCCCUUCGGGACCCCUACCACAGGGAGCGGGCCUCCCGCACAAUCAGCCUACCUAUCAGGGGACACACCUUUCCCAGGCAGUCUCGUGGUUAUGACACUUCCCCUCUAACAAGGAGGAAAUCUUACGACCGUGCGUACAGGCCCACUGAUGGCUACACGCCCCCCUCCUCCCCUCCUCUGAGGACCAGGAACGACCGCAACGUCUUCUCAAGGCUCACCAGCAACCAAACCCAAGGUUCUGCUCUGGACAAGUCGGAUGACAGCGACUCCUCGCUCUCCGAGGUGCUCAGGGGUGUGAUCAAUCCCAUUGGGGGUGUGAAGGGGGGUCGGACAGCACCCCUGCAGUGUGUUUCUGUAGCUGAGGGCCAUUCGAAACCGGUUCUGUGUGUGGAUGCUACUGAUGAGCUGCUAUUCACUGGAUCUAAAGAUCGCACCUGUAAGAUGUGGAACCUGGUAACAGGUCAAGAGAUCGUCACCCUCAAAGGCCACCCAAACAAUGUGGUGUCAGUCAAAUAUUGUCCAUCCUCCUGUCUGGUCUUUUCUGUCUCCACCUCCUACAUCAAGGUGUGGGACAUCCGCGACUCCGCCAAGUGUAUCCGCACGCUAACUUCAUCGGGGCAAGUGGUUUCAGGUGAUGCAUGUGCGGGCACCACCACCCGCACAAUAACCUUUGCACAGGGCGAGUGUCAAAUUAAUCAGAUAUCGCUGAACCCGUCAGGAUCUGUGCUCUACGCUGCUGCUGGAAACACUGUUCGCAUGUGGGACCUCAACAGGAUGCAAGGGAUGGGGAAGCUGACAGGCCACAUCGGCUCUGUUAUGUGUCUGACAGUGGGACAGUCUCUGCUGGGCAAAGACCAAGUAAUCACUGGCUCCAAAGACCAUUAUGUCAAGGUGUUUGACGUGGCAGAGGGAACUAUGGGUAAUGUAGGCCCAGCUCAUAACUUUGAGCCACCCCACUAUGAUGGCAUCGAGUGUUUGGCUGUACAGGGAGACGUGCUGUUCAGCGGGUCCAGAGAUAAUGGCAUCAAAAAAUGGGAUUUGGAGCAGCAGGAACUCACUCAGCAAAUCCCCAACGCCCAUAAGGACUGGGUGUGCGCUCUUGCAUAUGUCCCGGGCCGGCCCAUGCUGCUGAGCGCCUGUCGGGGCGGCGUGAUGAAAGUGUGGAACGUGGACAACUUCACUCCUAUAGGGGAGGUCAGAGGUCACGACAGCCCGAUAAAUGCCAUUUGUACCAACUCAAGACAGAUCUUCACUGCGUCCAGUGACUGCAGGGUGAAGUUGUGGAGCUAUGUGCCAGGCUUGACCCCGUGUCUUCCUCGACGGGUCCUGGCCAUCAAGGGCCGAGCCACCAGCCUCCCAUGAUUGUCCCUUCUCCGCUCACCAACCCUCCCUUCCUCUGCGACAAGACAGUGAAGAUCUGGUCGUCAAAGGUGUGGAGGAAGAGGUGACACCCGCAGUGGCUCCUUUGUCGGCCAUCUUGCUGAGACUUCAGCCACUCGUCUGUGACACGCUCACUUUCAGCAAUGAGAUGUGACACCUUUUCCGAGGCAAUCAAGGUGUUUUUUCUUUGCCAAGGUGCUAAAUGACAAAGCCAAAAGGCAAAGGCGGAAUAUGUGUUUCAAGGCAAAAAAAUAUUUGCCUUUUAGAUUUUUUUUUUCUGCCAAUUUGAAAGUGCCAUUCAGGUGUGAUGCUACCUGGACAAUAUAAACCGUAUCUUCACAGCCGUGGAUACAACAGGCGGAACAAUUUCUCAACCCUGACAUGAAAACGGCCACGGCCUGGUAUUAAAAGGAAAAGAAAAAGUGUCCUUUUGUUCUUUUGCCAAGGUGUGAGAGUCCUUGUGGAACAGCGACAGACGAAUUUGCUCAAAGGCGUGUAUUCAUGUGUCUGUUCUCUGAAAGUCAUGACAUGGACUGAAUUUAAAUCCCAGACGGAUAUUAACUCAUAACUGGAACCUCUGACCAUUUCCUCCUGUUCCUCCAUCCAGGAGUGUUAGUGUUCAUUAGUGACGGUCCUGUUCAUGAACACACUGGAGGGUCAUGGUAUGAGGUCAUUGUGGUGGAUGAUAGAAAAUUGCUCAUCUAGGAUAACUGGCAAAUUCCAUAAAACACCACUUGAUUUUCAGUUUUUUACACCGGAGAUUCCCUCCGAUCACUUUUAUCACUCUCAGUAUAUCACUGAAACUUUAUUGCUCCAUAAGUCGUGUUAAUUUUUUUUAAUGACUUUUACUAAUUUAUUAUUUUCCCUACCUCAGUUGUUUUGGACUUUGCUGCGAGGUGGGAGUGAACAUUUUUACGGGUCUCUGUGUACAACAUGGUGCUUGACAUGUUGAAGACUUUAUUUAAUGCCUGGCUCUUCAUCUCUGUGUGGAUGUGUCCUCUGUGGCCCUCUGGCUAUAAGACUGUCUAGCUGCUGACCCUGCAAACAGGAAAAGCACUAGUCCAGUAGCACAACUAAGGUAGCACUGGCCUCGGAGGAUCUGACCGGAUUGUAAUAUCUGCUUUGUAAAGUGCUAACUGCGGCAAAAAUGAAAAAUACCCCUGCAGAUGCACACGACACCAACAGUACAUACCGACAGCACAGAGUCCUAAGACAUUUGUGAGCCAGGUACUCCAUUGUGGCCAAAGUUCCAGAUCAUUAUCUCAACCAUUGUACAGUAUGUGGCUCCUACCUGCUAUCUAUCCUCCACAUAGAAGGUAAUAGGAGCCCCACAAGUCCCCCCCUGCCUACUUUCAGCUCCCAUCUGAUCUGGAAGUUUAGUGACUGUAUCAGACUGACCAGCCUUACUGAAGAGUCCACCUCUCUCCCAGCUACUGAACUUCUCUGGAAAGCCAAUUUAAUUAGAGGUCUCGCUGCUCAACCAGCUGCUUUUCAGGCAAGAUUACUUGGGUGAAAGUAGGUCAUAACUGAGAGGGAUUUCUUAUUAAAAUCCCAAUUUUCUUCCACCCACUAUUUGCUGCUACAUUUAAAGAGAGAGAGAGAAACUUCCGGUACAUGUGCACUGAUGUACAAAUCUGUUUAUGUGGCAGAUUAAGUGUGUGGCACACUUGUGCACAAACCGUGGACACACACUCACAAACACAAGAUUUCAGUGGAUGUUUCGGUUAUCCAUCUUGCCUGAUAGGUCCUGGCACCCCUCACUGCGUUGAUUUAAUGUCUCUUUAAUGAAACACAUUCAGCACUGCACUGACGCACACACAUUGAUACAAACAUACACACUCCUACAGGCAACACUUAUAACCCAAGUCUUAAAACUCAGUUCAAUUAUCUUUUUGAAUACAGAUAACAGCGUGCUGCAGGAAUGAGUUCUAAAACCCGGUAACGAGUUGGCAUUUCUGGUUCCCUCAUCACAAAAGGGUUUUUGUUUAGAAAUAAGGUCUGUGGUUAAUACAAGCUGAAGAGAUUUUCAUGUUUUGUUCAACGAUGCAAAAUACUUCAGUAAAAACCCCACUAUUUUUUUUUUUUUUUUAGCUUUUAUGUGUCUUUAAGAAGGUGGUUGUUAACAAACAACUAAAUGAGACUUCAGAGUUUGUCCAGGACUUCUGCCGAUUGCAUAUAUAAUUAAAAAUUCAUAAUUUUGCUGAACAAUAUGUGUAAGUAUCAAAAGAUUAGUUUUGCCACUGAGUUUAUUGUCUGCGAUAACCCAAAAUUCAAUGGCUCCAAUUCAAGUCCCAUUGGCUUUUUGUUGAGGGAACCAGGCUGAUGCAAGUGUCUCGGUUGGCCAAUAAAAAUACAACAUCCCUGCAGCACUAUAGUAAGCAUUCACAUCAGUUAAUGUGCUUUUUUGUAUCAGUUCAGUGUUUUGUAGUACACAUGUCUUACAACCUGAUAAAAACACAAUUCAUGUCUGUAAGUCUCAAACUUUCACAGCACAGUUUUUUUCUGCUCAGAAAACACACUCCUGAAAAAAAAGCAUACUUUGGUCAUUUAGUGCACUUUUCUUCAAAAAGACCCAGAAACAUGUAGUUUAAUUGAACAAAGGUUGGAUCCUAAAACAGCAGUGACAGGUGCUGAAGUUAGUCCACAUUUUUCAAUAUAGUCUUUGCAAACUCUCCUCUCAGAGGGAGUCUUUACACUGCUGAUUGUUGAUGUAGCCAACAUGAGUUUGAAGCUGCUUACAUUCUCCAAAAGCAAUGAUGUGGGUUUUGGUUUUAUAUCGGGAGGGGGGGUGCAGUGAAUGCAAAUGUGUGGAUGGGGGGUGAUAUGUUGAAGUGUUCUUGGUUUUAAUAUUUUGCCAUGCUUAGUAACUCAGGUAAAGGUUGGAGGAUAAUGUUAGUCAUACUUUAGUCACCCCUGUGAAUUUAGGUAGCUCUUUGAAUCGACCAAAUGCCUUGUUUGAAAUAUUUUUUUUUUUACUUUAAGAAAAAAGGUACUAUCAUGUAUCCCCCCUUUUUGUUUUUUUUGUUUUGCAUUUGAUUCCCUUUACUUGUUAUCUAUGUACUGUGUACUGAUUUCUGUACAAAAUGUACACAUGGAUCUUCCCAAUCUGGCCAAAGCUGAAAGUCUUGCAACUCUGAGAAGAUGUGCACUGAUUUUUGACCACUGUUAGUUGUUAUAAAAUAUGUAUAAAAUAUGGUAAUUGUAUAGUAGUGAAACUGGAGUGAGCGGUACAAAAUGUGGUCAGUAGGGAAAUUAACCUCUGAUCACAUAAUGGGUUACUUUGACCUUGAGUUCGACUCCACUGGGCCCUUCACUGUACACUAUGUAUUUAUCUGGGCUCAUUAGCCAAACUGACCCUGCUCACCAGCUCUGUGGUGUGUUUCAUGUGAUAACAAAGCUAAGAGACAGCCUUUAUCUCAGUUUUCUUUCCUCUUCUCUAAACACCUACUUACUGCUUUAGAAGAUCGCAUAGUACCGUAGCUUUAGACACUUUCUUAGAUGCCCUGUGCUUGUACAUUUGCUGAAGGAUGCAUGUUGUUAGUGGUACUCAUCUGUGGAUUGGUCAUCUCAAAAUAUAGCAAUUUAGUCGACAAUUAAUUCCCUCUGCAACUGUCAAUCCUGAUGUUUAACAUCCGAGUGGAUUUACUUACUAAACCCUAAAAGGAUUUGGCCAUUUGUUUGAAUUCUGAAGCAUUGAUAGUCACUGACUUACGUGUGAAACAUGUAGCACAAAAUUUUGAGUGUGUUACAUAAAAGAUGCUUGCUUGGAAGAUUUAUAACAUCCAAGCAGAAGCCCUAAAUUAUUAUCUGGCCUCCACCCAAAGUUGCCCCGAGUUCUAAAGGCUUGUGUUCUGUCAAUGUCAGCACCACUUCAUUACUUGACAAUGUGUAAAUAGGUGUGUCGUACCUUUUUAAAUAUUACAGAGGAGAUUUAUUCGAGGUUAACUGACGUAUUCCUCAUCAGCUGGCCUCAGAGAAAUCUCUGCAAGUUAGGAUUUACAUGCACUUUGGAUAAUGAACACUGCUGUGAAUACUCUGUGAACUGUUUUCCAGAUAUGUAUUAAGCCUAGUUUUAGACUUAGUUUACAAAGAUGAAGUUUAUAAGUCCCAAAACGAGGCUUAAAGCACUGAUAUAGUGCUGAAAAGAUCACAUCUGUUUAGCGCUACGGUAGGUUUAGAAUUCAAUUAUAUUAAUGUAUGUGCUGAUACAAUUUGUAAGAUAAUAGUCGAGACAUAGAAAGACAGUCCCCCAGUAUGUCCCUGCCUUUAGAGUCCCCUUUUUUAGCAAGUGUUACCUGGGAAUGAGAAUUUUCUGUUUAACAGAGCAGCAUGCACACCUCUGUAGACGCUCAGGAGAGUCCAUCUCCAUCCUUAUUUCCCUGGCUGUCUGCUGGUAUUCUGACAUUUUUUCUUAAUAACACUGACCACAAACAGGCUAUAUUACUCCAUGAAAGACAGAAACUGAGACACAGGGUGACAAGAUCAAACCUUGAUCUAUUUUUUCUGCAGCAAUCAGCUGCAGAAAAACACUGCCUGAUGAAAUGUCCCUUUCAGAAAGGGAUAUUAUCACACUAAAUGUACCGUUUAGCAUGUGGUACUGUUUGAUCAAUACCACUCUCUGAUCCCAAACUGGUACACCAACUGACAAUGUUCUGUCACCAAACAUGAAAAAAAAUCUGUUGUAGGUUUCCGUGGCCUCUGUUACCAUCUAGUUUAAAUUGGAAAGCUGUUUGACCAAAGCUAAAAAUCAUGUGAACAGCUGAUGCCUUGCUCACUCUUUCAAGCCACUAUGUGUGUAGUUGAAAUUUUCUGACUGCCCAAGUGUAGUUAAAUAAAACAGAAAACAUUGUGGAAAAUGACGUGCACCCACGGAUCUCACAUGGGAACAGAAUGAAUUGACCAUUUGCUAAGCCCCGCCCCCUCUAGAUACUGUUGCUAUGCCUGUCAAUCUUUUCGUUUUUGCACAGAACUUAUGCCGUUUACAAUAAUAGUCGCAGAUUUAACAAAAAAAAAAAAAUACAGCAUAAUGUGAAACUUUGGGUCCUCCAUUUCACAUAAGUUUACAAAGCUAUAUAUCGAACAUACAUCCAUGUUUUAAAGUUUGCAUUUUCAAACAAUAUGCGUAACUUUUACCAAAGAAAAGGAUUUUAGGAUAAAGAAAAACCAAUAAGUUACAACACUAUCCAAUCGAAAUUUGGCUGGAGUUGCUGAAGUGUAAACUUCAAGAGCAAAGAGCCAGAAAAAAAUUCCCCCAGGAUAAUAAGUGAUACACAGUUUUUACAUCAGCUAGCAGUGGUUGGUUUGUCAGAGAGUGUAGGCAGAGCUAACGCAAACCAGCUUGCUCCUCAACUCACUUGUCUAUGAAGUGGGUAACUGUAAGAAAAACAGAAAAACAAUCUUUGAGAUUGUAACUUUAAUCUAUAACCUCUAAUAAUAAUAAUAUAGUUUCUCAAUGACAUCCUGUGCUUUUUAAAAAACACUGAUUUCAGGUAGUAGCCAGAUAUGCUAACAUUUUGAAAAGCUUAAAAGAGAAAAGGCCAGCAUCCUGACUUUUUAAAUAUGGAGUUUUGCUGUGCACACUGUUGGAUGUGGAAAAAAUCCAAUAAAGGAGGUGUGCUCUGCCCAGUUAUGGUCUCUAAGCUGUGAUUAGACAAUCACUGAUCGGGGGCGGGGUUAAGCAAAUGGUAAAUUGGCUGAAAGCAAAACAAAGACAGCAACAAUUUUUACAGGCCAACAAAAAGUUUCAAAGUGUAGUGGCUGUGAUGUGUGUGUCUGGUGUUAGAUAUAGGACCAGAGGGCAGAUACAGUAGAAGAGCUGCCAGUCAAACUGAUUGUGUGAUUACCACCUGUAGCAUUUCCAGCCCGGCCCAACCAUCUUAAGACCACUAGGAAAUGAAACCCAAGUAGUCAGCUCAGCUUCAGCCUCGUGCCUCAGCCAACAGGCCUUACUGCCUUAAAGAAACAGAAUGUGAAUGUAGGACAUUGAUAAUCAUUCACUUAAUAUCCUGAAUCUGUAACAGACUUAUUCUGAUGAUUGUAGAUUGUCCUGCAGAUUGUGAAAUUCUGUUCUAAGUCAGCCAAUGUCUUUAUCAGCGUGGCUGAAACAACUCUGAACUUUGCCUCAGGCUGCUGAGGGGAUGGGAUUGCAUUUAGACACAAUCGAGAGGGCACUUUACUGCUUUGCUGCUCGGCGGCAAAUCGCUAUCACACACCAACACAGACAGCUGCUGUAAUUUUUCUCCAGGCAUGUGUUGUCAUCUUGAGCUCACAUAUGGUAAAACAAUAUGUGGCAGCGUCUGUGAAAUAUGUACUCAUGGGACAAAAAUGCAGGGUCAAAGGUCAUUUGUGCCUUUUAUUGCACAGACUACUCCCUCUUAAACAAGUGUAAAUGUGUACAGUUUUUUUUAUAUGACAUUGUGCAUGUGACCAAGCCAUGUAAAAUAUCUUACUGUAUAUAAUGUAAGUAAAUAUUUAAUGAAGGAGCCAACAUUCCCUCAAGAAAAUAAAUAAGUUAAAACAA